CUAUCCUGUGUAAAAGGUUUGAGGAUGGGUUAAAUGAUGAUAUCCGACUGUCAGUGGGUGUCCUAGAAAUAAAAGAGUUCGUUAUUUUAGUUGAGAGAGCCUGUAAGGCAGAGGAGCUAUUAAAAAGAAAAGGCAAAGUUGAGACAGAGACACAAGAUACAAAGAAGAGACAGAUGAGCAGAUCAUUUCAGGCUACAUCCAAGAGGCCCAGAGAGUUUUCUACCAGAUCUAGCUUUUCGGCAGGGCAAUCUAGUCAGAAUAGAGGUAGCAGAUUUAAGGAUCCGAAGGCUCAGACCACCUCGACUACGAGUGUAGGUAAUGUCAGACAGGGUAGAUCAGGGUGUCCACGGUGUGGUAGACUUCAUUAUGGUCCUUGUCGGGCGGGCGAAAAUGUUUGCUAUAAAUGUGGUGCUCCAGAUCAUUUUGUACGAGAAUGUCCAGAAGUGGCUAGCCGAGAGGUAACACAGAGUGCUAGAUCCGGAAAUGCUCCUACUAGAGGCAGAUCACCGAGGCAACCGGGAGUAGGAGCAAGUAACAGAGGUACCUCUAGAGAUUCGGCUGUGAGACCAGAUGUUAGAGCCCCUGCAAGGACUUAUGCUAUUCGUGCACGCGAAGAGGCAUCCUCCCCCGAUGUGAUUACGGAUCAAGAAGAGCGAAAUUCGAGAGUAGAUCGGGGAAAAGAAAAAGUAAAGGACUAAAUUGUAAAGUUUAGUCACAUUUUGUAUCGAGUACUUAUCUAGCCACUCGG